UAAUUACCAACAGCAUUUCAAAAAUCACCGACCAUAUGCCGUCGGUAAAAUACUACUGGUACCUUUUGAGAUUUUAACGCCCACGUUCCCCUUUUUACUCUACUAUAGUACUCUCAGUAAUUAAUAACAGACCCUAAAAAAUAACGCCCCUCUUUCCUUCACCAUCAUCAGCUGCCGGUUUUCUUCCUCUCCAUUGCAUUGCCGUCGCCGGUUUCAGGUUAGUCCUGCACAACCGCCGCACCUUCAUCUCCAUUGCGUUGCCGUCGCCGGUUUCAGGUUAGCACCUUCACCUCUUGCACAACUGCCGCACCAUCAUCCAACCACCUGCACAACCGCCGCACAGCGCCGACCCACAGCAGAAUUGAAUAUCAUGAAACGAAGAGAGCGUAGUUGGAUGUAUGAUAGGCGCGAGGGACGCUUUCUCAAGACUGAGUUUGUGAAUGGAGUUCGAGAUUUUAUUGAAUUCGCACAACAAAAUCAUAAAUUCAAAGACGCUGAGAAAAUUAGAUGUCCAUGCUUUCGGUGUAACAACAAACGAUUCUUUGAUGUUGACAUUGUUAGAGAACAUCUUUAUAAAAAAGGAUUUUGUCAUAACUAUUUUGUUUGGCUAUGUCACGGGGAAACUGUUGACGAACCCCCAUCGGAGCCAUCAAAUCCUUAUCGAGACAUGAUUGUUGAUGCUCUUGGACAUAAUGAAGAAAAUCCAAAUAAUGAGCAAAUAAAUAAUGUCGAAGAGGAGCCAAAUGACGAAGCUGAGAAAUUUUUUGAGCUCCUUAAAGCUGCUGAUAGCCCGUUGUACGAAGGGAGCAAAGUAUCUGUCUUGGAGAUAUCAUCAAGAAUAAUAUCUUUGAAGUGUGAGUACAAUUUACCACACAGGUGUGUUGAUGGAUUUGCAUCUUUAUUUAAUGAAGUGAUUCCAAAUAACAACCAAAUGAGUACAACGUUCUAUGAUACUAAGAAAGUUCUUAAAGGCUUACAACUCCCACAUGAGAAGAUACAUGCAUGUCGUAACGGUUGUAUGCUAUUUUGGAAAGGCGAUGCACAUUUAGUGAAGUGUAGUGUAUGUGAGUGUGAUCGCUACAAGAAGACUCCUAAAGGCAAGCUUAUUCCAGAAAAGGUCCUAACAUAUUUUCCUAUCAAACCCCGAUUGCAAAGGCUUUAUGCGACAGUUAGAGCUCACCUACGACGAACGGGGAAACGAAAUCAUGCCAAAAGCCCCUUUUGCACUUGACAAGGCUCAAAGGAAGGUCUUAUGUGAAUGGGUUCGUGACUUAAAGUUUCCGGAUGGAUAUGCAUCUGACUUGAGUAGAUGUGUUGAUCUUCGAACAUCUAGGCUUUUUGGAAUGAAAAGUCAUGAUUGUCAUGUCUUUAUGGAGAGGUUACUACCGGUUGCUUUAAAAGAGUUGCUACCUUCGCAUGUUUGGAAAGCAAUUACUGAGAUCAGUCAAUUCUUUCGUGACUUAUGUGCAUCCACUAUCCAAG